AUGGAAUCCUCUCCUCUAACUCAGCAGACCCGGCCUGAGACGUUUCAGCCAAAGAUAGUGAAGCUAUACGAGACCUUACUAUUUAACUCAGACUAUGCUCACCCAACAGAGGGUUUUUGGCGGGAGUUUUUCCUCCUUCAGCCAGACAGGGUGUAUCUGUCGAAAAUGAUAGCUAGUAUUAGCUCUCAUGACAUUUUACACCUUCAAACUUUAACUGCUUUCCUGGCUAGUGCAUUAUCAAAGAGAUAUACCAAUCCAAGCUCGGAUAUCAUUGCAGUUCUCGUAGGGCUCGAUGAAGUUGACUAUAUUUGCUCCGAGUUUGUAACCGUUCUGGAUUCACUCAUACGGAAUGGCAGCUCAUGUAAGCACUCAAAUACCAAUAUACCUCACCUGAAGCACCUUGUUAACUAUGGGGCAGUGGAUGUUCGGUUAAAAGCAAUUGAUACUGCUAUGGCAAUGGUUGGUGGGGCGUAUAAGACAGGAGUUAUGUCAUACUUUAUUCAUCGAGAUCUUUUUCCAUCGCUAAUGAAGGCUUUGUUAACGGAUUUCAAGUUCAUACAUGAUUCUGAUACCCACACGCAAGUAUUAAGGCCCUUCUUGUUACUUGGCCUCCUAGCCAAUUACAACAAAUUCGAUUUUCAAAAUCCUUAUCAGCUACGGCUGAAUGACUUCGUAAAUGAAACUGCGAUACGAAAGGUUGUUAGGGGAGCGGGCGUUGCAUGCGCUUCUCUCAGGAAUUCGUAUAUUUCCGUCCAAGAUGAUCUUCCUGAGGGCUGGAAUUGGAAUACGACUCUAUCAUUUUUCAGCUUUGGCUUCCUCGCCCCAGGACGAAGACACCAAAGUCAGCCUCUCACCGUGGAAGAGAUGAAGGAGCGUUUCAAAGCCCUCCCAUCACCAGAAGCUGCUGUUUUGUUGGCCAUCUAUGAUUUCGUAAAUGCAAACAAGCUCUUUGGUCACACCUUAGUGACCACCAGCGCCGAGAAGAGAUCUGAAGAGGCUCCAUUUGCAAGUUUCCUUUCAUUGACAUCAUACUUAUUGCAGCAUGCAUACCGUUCAGCUCGAGUGGCGUUGUAUGCAGAAGCCAAUCUUUUCUCACUUCGAAACUUAGUGGAGGACCCUGUCAUCUGUAAACAAAUUUGCAGUGAUGAGAAUAAUGCGAGGGUAAGACUUUGUCGUCAGCGAGCUCCGCACCUCCCAUUGGUAAACGGGGAGAGAGUUCUAGCAACUGUCAUAUUUGACAUUCUAGUUGAUACCAUAAACCAUAACCUCCGCCGGAGCCUUGACACAUAUUUAUACAGCCACACGAUCAUCGUACUCUUCCGCCUUCUCACAUAUGCAUCCUCCAACAAAGUUCGCUUUUCAUAUCACUGGUCCGAGCUCUGGCGAGCCCUACUUACGCUGACACGCUUCCUAACCACAUAUUCAAUGGACCUUAUGCAUAGCCCGCAUAUCCAAACUGUCACUGCAGACCUGAUCGAUCUUAUUACCUUUUGCAUAUCUGCUGGCGACACCUUCCUUCCUGACCCGUCAUCUUAUGAUGACCUCUUCUACAAAGUUGUGGAAGCAGACUCCGUUCUCAAGCGUUUCCGCGACGUUUACAAACAUCUCUCGGUCACAUCCUCCCAUUCCACCAAUUCAACCCUCUCAAUUAAUGCCCUAAUCAGCGUUUCAACACAUUUUCACUCCCUGUUAUUUGUGGCUGAUUCAGCGGAUGCAUCCCGACCUGGUAGCAAGAGUGGUGAAUCAACGACUGCUUCCUCUCCUCCGCCCGCAAGGAAGAAAAGGCUCAGUCCCAGAGAAGUCCAUCAGAUUAUCAAAGAAGGCUACUCGACGCUUAGCAUUCGAGCGAACGAUGAUUUGAUCAACUGGGAAAAGUGGCGCGAUGCGGAUUGGAAGCCCCAGUUAAAGCGCAUCACAAGAACCGCAGUGGAGGAUGUCACCACCAUAAUAUCCCAGCCAGAACAGCCAAACAUUCUGAUGGAGACGAAGCACACAUCGGGUGGGUAA